AUGCCGCCUCAUCUACAUCCGCGGUCACGAUCGACCAUGUCGCUCUUUGCGGCGACGCUCCUCGCAUCGCUCUUUGUUGUUGGCAUGCCGCACCUCUUCCCAUGCCCCGCUCCACGUCGUACGCUGGCCGAUUCCGAAAUGAUGAUGACCGCCGAUGGACAACAGAUACAAAGAGUUCGAAGGAAGAGGAGGAAGGACCCAAACAUGCUCGAGCAAGAUGUGACUUCGGCAAGGCCCCAGUCUUCGGAUGAGGAGGUGUCGACAUUCUUACAAAUGGAAGAGGAAGCAGAACGUCUGGCCAAUGCAGGGAGGGAAUGUCCUGUUCCUAAGCCCAAGGGUAUUCUGGGGCAGCUAUACCAUCAUAUCAUUAUGAUGGACUUGAAGCACAUGCUGCGCGAUCUUUGUAUGAACCCUAGACAUACAAGAUGGGUUGCUCGUCUGCUUAUUCUGGGCGAUGCUGUCCUUUGCGCGCUAAUCAUCUGGAAGGUCCCAUAUACUGAGAUCGAUUGGACGACCUACAUGCAGCAAAUCUCACUCUAUGUCUCCGGCCAGCGCGACUACACCUUGAUCAAAGGGUCUACGGGGCCUCUGGUGUAUCCCGCCGCCCACGUGUACAUCUACAACAUCCUUUACCACCUCACGGAUGAAGGCCGAGAUAUCUUCCUCGGACAAAUUCUGUUCGCCAUUCUAUAUCUCGCUACAUUGACCGUCGCGAUGACCUGUUACAGACAGGCCGGAGCCCCUCCAUAUCUGAUAAUACCCCUUGUGCUCUCCAAGCGGCUCCAUAGCGUUUUCAUGCUGCGCCUAUUCAACGAUGGAUUUGCGGCUUUCGCUAUGUGGGUUGCUAUCCUCUUGUUUAUGAACAAGAAGUGGACGGCUGGAGUCAUUGUAUGGUCUACCGGUGUUGCGAUCAAGAUGACGCUGCUGCUUCUGGCUCCUGCCAUCGCAGUGGUCUUGGUGCUUAGCUUAUCUCUUGGGCCAAGUAUUCAACUAGGAAUACUUGCAGUGCUCAUCCAGGUCCUACUUGGGAUACCGUUUCUGCAAAACAACCCGAUGGGAUAUAUUUCGAGAGCCUUUGAGCUGACCAGGCAGUUCAUGUUCAAGUGGACAGUCAAUUGGAGGUUUGUUGGAGAAGAACUAUUUCUAUCGCGAAAGUUUUCUCUGGCCCUAUUGGCAUUGCACAUUUUGCUGUUGGGCCUGUUCGCGGUCACAGUAUGGCUAAAGCCGUCUGGAUCAAACCUGCCAAGCUUCCUGCAUAGAUUAAUCCAAGGAUGCCAUCGCACAGUCCCCCUUUCCAAGUCUUUCAUAAUGACGGCAAUGCUGUCAUCCCUUGCGAUUGGUUUGCUGUGCGCGAGAUCCCUGCAUUACCAAUUCUUUGCUUAUCUUGCCUGCACGACACCCUUCCUUCUCUGGCAGGCGGGUUUCCAUCCGAUCCUUGUGUACGUUGUGUGGGCGGCGCAAGAGUGGUCUUGGAACACAUAUCCUAGUACCAACGCGAGUUCUCUAGUCGUGGUCCUCUCACUUACUGCUCAAGUAUUCGGUGUGCUCGGCAACUCAUUCAGUCGCAAGCAUCUGGAUCAGAGCAGCCAGAAAGAACAUCUGCAAUGA